AUGGCUCUGAGCAUAGAGGUGUUCUAUUUUGGUUUUGCUUUGUUCUUCAUUGUAGUUGAAUGGCCAUCAGGGUCCUGGGCAGGACUUGAGUAUUCCCAGUCAUUUCCAGGAGGGGAGUUUGUUGUGUGCAAGAUAUGCAGGCUCNGCUGGAAGACNUGCAGGAGAACAUGCAUAGAUAAUGAGAAGAUUGCAGGCUUGUGCAAGCUGAACUUCUUCUGCUGUCGGUAG